GCACAAUGAAAUGAGAGUAAGACGUCGAUAUCUACUUGGUUUGUCUGGGGCUGGAGCCUGGAAAUUCUUUUGUGAUACGGGAAGGAGAAGAUACUCGUACUGUUAGAGACCAUAACAAAUCUUCAAAUCUCUGCUCCGCGCCCGGGGUGGGGGAACAACUCUAAACUCUGUGCAGAUUGGUAUAAAUUUUGGGAAACUUUGUGCUUGUACGGAGUGAUUGUGCUUUCGUAUAUUCUGAUUGCCCGAAGGGCCUUUUGACCGAAGAUGCGUGAGAUCAUCACCUUGCAGCUGGGCCAGCGCAGUAACUACCUAGCCACCCACUUUUGGAACGUUCAGGAAUCAUACUUUACGUAUUCUGAGAAUGAGGCAUCACCUGUUGACCACGACAUCAGUUUCCGACCUGGAAUAGGGGCUGAUGGGUCAGAAACGUUUACCCCGCGCACUAUCAUUUAUGACCUGAAGGGCGGGUUUGGCUCCCUUCGGCAGUACAAUGCUCUCUACGAAGUUGAAGAGAACGUUGGAAUGCCAAAAGGCUUAUGGGAUGGGAACGAAGUCAUCCAACGGCAGCCAAAUAUUCCACAGAGUGAAUACCAGAAAGCCCUUGAGCUAGGCCUUCCUCUCCCCAGACUCACCCCGGAGACAGUCCGGUAUUGGUCAGACUUCAAUCGACUGUUUUAUCAUCCGAAAUCCAUUGUUCAGCUAAAUGAGUAUGAAAUGAACUCCCAACUGAUGCCGUUUGAGGACUGGACGGUUGGCGAAGCCUUUUUCAAUAGCCUAGACCGGGAGCACGACCUCCUAGACCGUGACUUUAGACCCUUCGCCGAGGAAUGUGAUCAACUGCGUGGAAUCCAGCUGUUCACUGGUACAGAUGACGCCUGGGGCGGCUUUGCAGCAAGGUAUAUUGACCGUUUGAGAGAUGAGUUUGGCAAGAAAAUUAUUUGGACAUUUGCUCUAGAAAGCGGGCUGAAAACCGAACGGGAAAAGCAGUUUCUUAGAGCCAAAAAUUCCGCCAAAUCCAUCAGUGAGAUAUCCCGCCAAUCCACUGCAUACGUUCCGAUCUCGAUGCCUCCUUCAAAGCUUCCACAUUAUGUGAACUUGAACAUAGCAUCGGAAUGGUAUAUCUCCGCCCUCACGUCAGUGGCCGUUGAGAGUGUCACACUGCCAGGCCGCCUCCGCUGGUAUGAAGGGAUUGAGCCCUGGUUUCUUGACAAUGCAGGUCCACAACGCAUAUUCGCCUUGCGGGCCACCAUAAGAUCCGAGAAUUCGGAGUUGCCAUUUGCCAGUCACCUGAGGCCGAAUGAUUCAACACAGAUGGACACAGACGAGGUGGAUCAUGACGAAAUAGAGCAGUCCGAACAACGAUUUGAUUUAGGUUUCUCUCCGAUCGGCUCCGCUACCAGGACAAAUAAUACGCAUAUUUUCAGUCAAGUACAAGUUGUCCGCGAUUCAAAAUGUAAUAGCGAGCGACCGGAGCGGGCAGAAGUUGGUCAGGGUCUUACUUCUCACCGUCUUUCAUUAAUGACUGGGUAUGUUCCCAGUACCUUAAGCAACUUUAGAUCCACGCUGGAAUUCCCAAUUCUCGACUCCUUUCCAUCCGAUUUGAUUCAUGAGCAAGGCCCGGCAGGAUCUACACUUAGGGUCGAUGCUGCAUUAUCCGCAACAAGUGGCAUUGGCAGGGAUCUCAAAAAUCUGCAACAGACUAUCGGGCGGCGGAUUGCUCUUGAGGAGCGGGAAGAUUUGAUAAACGGCCUGCAUGAAUUAUCGCACGCGUAUCAAGCCGGGUGGGAAAACGAUUCAGAUUCCGGAGAUGAUUAA